AUGCUCACCGGCCUCCUCCCGCUGGCGAUAGCAGCUACCGUCUACCUCUACCUCUACCCGGCCUUCCAUGGCUGCGCAUUUCCUCUUCCCAACGAUGAGCACACUGGUCUUUUACCAGGCUGCUUCCUCUCGACGAUUCGCCAACAUUUCGCGCCACAGUCCGAGUUUGAGUCCGCGAAUCCCCCAGCGAUCUUCCGACUUCUCGUCAUAGCCGACCCCCAACUCGAAGGAGACAGCUCUCUUCCCAAACCCGAAGAUGAGCUCCGGGCGCGCCUUGAUGCGUACCGCUCUAGCCUGAUAUCUGCUAUUCAGGGUGAAUCGUCGUCCUCUCGAUACCGUGACGUGUUGGGCGCCCUCUUUGCCGCGCUGCAAUCAUUCGUAGUCGAUGACAUCCCUCGCACCUUGCGGGCCGCCCGCAAGCGACUCGAUCUCUUGGGCAACGAUUACUAUCUGGCCCAUAUCUAUCGCACACUCCACUGGUGGAGCCGUCCUACGCAUGUCACUGUGCUAGGUGACUUGAUCGGGAGCCAAUGGGUGACGGACGAGGAGUUCGACCGUCGCGGUGACCGGUACUGGCAUCGUGUGUUCAAGGGGGGUAUACGGGUGAGCGAUGCUCUCACAGGCACUGCCACAACAGAGAAUAUCGGGGACGAGGGUGAGAGCCAGAACGUGGUCGACCCGGCUGAGACGUUACUGAAUGGUACCGACUCGAUCUGGUCGCAACGCCUCAUCAACAUUGCGGGCAACCAUGACAUUGGAUAUUCCGGGGAUGCUAGUGAGGCACGGAUUGAGCGCUUCGAACGCGUGUUUGGCCGUUCCAAUUGGGACAUCAGAUUCCAACAUCCGGUGAAGGUGCAGAUGCAGUCGGAUCUUGAUGGCGAGCAUUCCACCACCGCUACACCGACUCUACACCUGAUUAACCUAAACACGUUGACGCUUGACACGCCAGCACUAUCCUCGGAUGUUCAGUCCCGCAGCUACGACUACAUAAAUGACCUCAUUACGCGCCGAACGUACCCUGUGGAGGACCGAACAUCGUUCACGCUACUUCUCACACAUCUUCCGCUGCAUAAACGGGAGGGGAUCUGCACUGAUGGACCGCAUUUCGCAUUUUUUGACUCCGACGACGAGGACGGCCCCGAUGACGUACCGCGUUUCAAAGAGGGCGGGCUUCGCGAGCAGAACCACCUCAGCGACCACGUCAGCGCCAAUGGCAUCCUCCAGGGUAUCUUCGGUAUGACCGGUGACGAGGACGCUGCCGGUGGAGGAUGGGGCCGCAACGGCCUAAUCCUCACCGGCCACGACCACACAGGCUGUGACGUGGUACACUACAUUGACCGAACGAAGGAAACCACAGACCCCAAUACUACCGGAGAUGCCAACGGCACGGACGACCAGACACAGGCCGAACAGCCGGCUUGGAAAUGGAGUGCACGGCACUAUGGCAGCUCGAAUAACCUCAACACCUCACUGGCUCAUACGCCGUCUAUUCGAGAAGUCACACUUCGCUCCAUGAUGGGGGAAUACGGUGGUAAUGCCGGGCUCCUCUCCUUGUGGUUCGACACCGACCCGGCCGUCAAUGAAUGGAAAUACGAGAUCACCAUGUGCAAGGCCGGGGUGCAACAUGUAUGGUGGGCAGUGCACGUAGUUGAUCUCGUGGUCGUGAUCCUGAUUUUGGUCUAUCUGGCGAGCUCUUUUGGGUCGAGGUCUCCAAAGCCCAGGAAUAUUUCGGAGAAAAAGCCCGCUCGACAGAAAGGGAAGCCGGGGGCUGAAUCAUCCUAA